AUGGAAAAGACAGAUGCUAAAGACCAGAUCUCUCCGGGUAAUGAAGAGAAAGACCCUCCAAGGAGCCACCCGUACUCUGUGGAGAUCCCAUAUGACUUUCACUUGGCCCUGGACUUCCUCAAGUAUGUAGAUGACCUUGAGAAAGGGAACACCAUCAAAAGGAUUCCUAUCCACAGAAGAGCCAAGCAGGCCAAGUUUAGCACGUUGCCCCGCAAUUUCAGCCUUCCUGACAGUGGGGUUCGCCCCCAUGUUACUAUCCCCCAGCAAAACUGGUCUCCCGCAGUGCCAAGGAAGGUGUCACUGAGGACCCAGGAGCAAACCCAGUCACUGCUGCUAGGUGAUCCUCCCCACGCCUCAGCCAGCGGGAGCCAGGUGAGCUAUCAUAGGAAGGCCCUAUUGGUGGAGGCCUCCAGGCAGCUGGAGGCUGCUGCUCCAGAGGAAGCCGAGCUCACUUCUGGGAGUGGAUGGCCCCAGCUUUUGAGCUCCAGCAUGCCAGCCACGCUGCCCCAAAACAGGGCCUCGGAGGGGCCAAACCUAAGCUCAGGUCUUCCAGCACCUCCUGCCUUCCCUCCUCUGCAGGGGGACGGCAGCGUCUGGAAUGCCAGGAUUUGCAGGUGGAAGGAUUUGCAGGUUUUCACAGCUCCAGCCUCUAGCAACCACCCAUCUGACAGCGAUUUGGGAGACCUGGUGGCAGGGCUCCCAGAGUUAGUCCAGGAGGGGGCUGAGCCUGCAGUGGGGGAAGUGAAGGCUCCAAAUCACAUGUUUCUCCCAGGGCCUCCUCCCGCAUUCCAAAAUGCACUCCUAGAGGUGCGGAAGGCUAACCCCAAACCAGAGAAGCAGGGGGGGGGGGCGGUUCUCACACCUGGCUCCUCAACACCCAGCCCCCCACCUCUGCCAUCUCCCAUCCCUGAGAAUGAGCUCCCUCUGGAGGAAGUCGAGCUCAACAUCAGUGAGAUCCCACCCCCGCCGCCCAUAGAGUUGGAUGUGAGAAGCAUCGGCAUCCGGGUAACUGAGGAAAGCCUGGACCUUGCCCUGGUGGACCCCAACAGCAUCUCCACCCUGAAGGAGCGGGUCUCAGCCCUUGAGGGUGAAUUGUCUGGCAGAACCAAGGAUCUGACCCAGGUCCGAGCUGCCCUUCAGCAGCAGGAAGAGGAAAUCAAGACGCGGGAACAGAGGAUUCGAGAGCUAGAGUGCACUGUAGCCCAAUUGGAAGAAAAGCUUAGCCAAGAGACGUCCAGAGAUGCCCAGGGCCAGGCUGAUGCCAUGGUGAACACUGACCCUCCCCGUGGGCUCUUCCCAGGGGAGUCAUGUGACAAGAGCAUCGGGGUCAACCUUCUGAGCAUCACAGACUCUGAAAGCUGGGCCGGGGGAGAGGAGAAUGGCUUCCUAUGGGGGCAAAAUGGUCACACUCGAACGGGUCAGAGACUGACAGAGCCUGUGCUACCGCCCCAGCUCUCACUGCCACAGGGACCUGAGAAGGUCCUUGCCUCCCCUUUACAUUGCUGCCUCCCCACUGAACUCAGGAUUGAAGAAGCAGGCUCUGAGCACGAGGGAGGCCUGCAGGCAGGAGGCGAGAGCCUGGCCAGGGCAGCACAAGGUUCUUCACGGAGCAGUGACAGAGAGGCUGCCCCAGGGUCCAGGGAGGAGCUCCCAGGGAAGGAGCACCCGGGAAGGCCACCAAGCUCUCCAACAGAUGCCACCAUUGGGCAAUAUGUGAAAAAGAUCCAGGAGCUCCUGCAGGAGCAGUGGAGCUGCCUGGAGCAUGGGUACCCGGAGCUGGCCAGCGCCAUCAAGCAGCCUGCCUCCAAGCUCAGCAGCAUCCAGAGCCAGCUGCUGAGCUCCCUCAACCAGCUGCUGUCUGCCUACUCAGCCCAGGCUCCCCCACAGGAGCCUGCAGCCCCGCCCUCCUCCCCUCCAACCGAGAGCUCCCCGCCGACCAGCCUUAAAUCCACAAUGAAAAAGAAAGACUAUGACUUCCAUGCAGGAGGUAAUGGGACCAAAAAGAACCUUCAGUUUGUUGGGGUUAACAGUGGCUAUGAGACCACUUCCAGCGAGGAGACCAGUGGUGAGGACAGCUCUCCAGAGGACUUGUCUGACAGCGAGGCUGAGAAGAAAUGUGGUGGCCCAGAACACAGGCGGGGCCAAGAUGCCACCAGCUGCGAGGCUGGCCAGGAUGUCCCUGAGGGCACUGACAGCACAGGCCAGGAAAGCGGGUUUGGGGAAGAAGCCCCCCAUCCCAAGGCUGAGAGAUAUAAACCCUCAGAAAAAUUUCUUAACGCAUGCAGAGCAUUGAGCCAGUAUCUGCCGGAGACUGGGACCACCACAGACCAGCUCUUGAGGCAAAGCUUGAACACCAUCAGUCAAGAGUGGUUCCAUGUUUCCAGCUGGAAGUCAUCUAGCCCUGCCAUGGUGGCCGCCUACCUCGCUGGGGUCCAGACUCACUCCCCACAUCUCCUGAAGCUGUUUGUCAACUUGGCUGAUCAUAACGGGAACACAGCCCUCCACUACAGCGUGUCCCACUCCAACUUCUCCAUCAUGAGGCUGCUGGAGGACACUGGGGUCUGCAAUGUCGACCACCAGAACAAAGCUGGCUAUACUGCCGUGAUGAUCACUCCCUUGGCUUCUGCGGAGACGGAUGAAGACAUGGCUGUUGUCUGGAAGCUCUUAAGAGAAGGAAAUGUGAACAUCCAAGCAACUCAGGAAGGCCAGACCGCCCGGAUGCUGAAGGUCAUCCACGACCAGGAAGACAUGGUCCAAGCGCUACUGAGCUGCCAGGCAGAUGUCAACCUGCAGGACCACGAUGGAUUGUGGGCUCUCAUGAUGGCCUGUCACCAUGGCAAUGCCAACCUGGUGUGCCUGCUCCUGGCCCACCCGGCCUGGGACAGCAGCCUGACUGAUAAGGCUGGCCACACCGCUCUGUCCAUCGUUCUGCAUUCACCUUCCCAUGUGGAAAUUGCAGGCCUUCUGCAUGCCCACACAGCAGGCAGGUCCUUGGGGCUGUAGAGGCUGCAGAGGAACCAGCAGCCAGGAAGAAAAGGCUCCUUCUCUGCACUCCUCCCUGCCCUUGGAGAGGUCAGGGUCACAGCCUGA